UCUCUUCCCCAAUAAUCAUGGGCUGGACAACUCCAUGAAAGUAACAAAUCAAUGUCUCGAUUGAAACGCUGUCGUACCAGUUCACCCUCCUUGUUUUAAUGGAAAAAGCCUGUAAAAAUUUGUGUAAAGAAACGUAACAGGUAUGAAAAUUUGACAACUGAAAACCCAAAAAAGCCUCAGACAAGAACAAAAAAAACACACGGUUUUCAACAUGAGUCUCCUGCUCUUAGAUUCCUCUCAUCCAUUGAAAUUAAACGGUUUCUUUUACUUUGGUUCUCCUUAAUUUAUACUAGAUCCAGGCAAUUACCCCUUAUCAACCUCUUUUCAAUCCUACUGCUUUUUGGUUGGCUUGUAAUUUUGUGUCUGAUUUAGUGAAGCUGAAGGUUAGGAGUUUCUCUUACUUGUCUAGCAUAAUAAUCUCAUUUCGAAGAAGUAGUAGUUAUUUUUAACAGCUAAAUGUGUCAAAGUGGAGGAGAGUAAUGGCAGCAGCUGAAGCAAGGGUUGUCUGGCAAAGAACAGCUAAUCGUUGCUUUGUCCAAGAAGAUGCCAAAAGAGCUCCCAAGUUGGCUUGCUGCCAAUCAUCAUCUUCCUCUAAACAGGCUGAUUCCAACCCCACUGAUGUGGCAGAUGCAUGUGAUCACCCUGCAGUAGGUUUCAUGCCUCACAACAUGAAUCCUUCCUAUUCCAAUCUACCUCCUGAUAUGAGGUGGUGGCUUCAGCUGCAGCCUAGCUAUGGACCCCAAAAGGAUUUGACACAGGAGCAGUUAAAUGCCUUGGAGGAUGAAGUGGAAAUCUUGAAAGCUGAAAUCAACUCUCCCUCCAGAGUAAGUGGAGUUCACCAGCAGGAUGCACAAGAUUCUUCUGGUGUUUACAGAAAAAGGAACAAUGGAUAUUCUCUUGAUUCAACAGAGACAAUGAAAAACUGUGAAUGUUUGGAGAUAGAAUCUGUUGAAUGCCAUGUUUCCAAAAAAAUCAAUGACAUCUGUUAUGAUCCUGAGUCUCCCUGGGAUGGGGGUGGGAAGGCUGAGCCAUGGUGGCGAACAACAGAUAAAAACGAGCUGGCUUCCUUAGUUGCACAAAAGUCGCUGGACUUUAUUGAGAAUUGUGAUCUUCCCCCACCUCAGAAGAUGCAUGUAAGGAGGUACUCACAUGCAAGUACUGGCUCUUUUGACAGUGAUGAAAUAUCUUCUUUGGCUCGGAAGUCCCAAACAAGCCCUGUCCCCAGUCCUACUGUUAAGGCAGAGGUCUCUCCCGAUUCUGUAAGAAAACAUGGAAGACGGAUGUUGUCAGUUGGAGAAGGGAACAUGCGUUGUGCUUCCGACACAUCAUUCAGUUCAACCCAAAAGGAUAUCCUCGAGCAAGUUACAGAGUCUGAUCCUACCAAGUCUCAGCUACUAGAAGCACUUCGUCACUCACAAACACGUGCAAGGGAAGCUGAGAAGGCAGCAAAGCAAGCCUAUGCAGAGAAGGAGCAUGUCAUCAAGCUUUUCUUCAAACAAGCUUCACAACUCUUUGCCUAUAAACAGUGGUUCCAAAUGCUGCAGCUAGAAGCCCUUUAUGUCCAGAUCAAGAAUAACGAGCAACCAGUCUCCACUGUCUUUCCUGUAGUCCUUCCAUGGACACCCUACAACAGUCGGAAAUUGCGGAAGAGCUGGCAAAAGACCAGAAAAGGUAGACUAGGGAAGCGGGGCCAGACUAGACCGGAAAUAACCACGUAUGCUGUUGCUUUCGCAUUGGGACUGAGUCUUGUUGGUGCUGGUUUGCUGUUGGGAUGGACCGUGGGGUGGAUGUUACCUUUCUAGCUAAUCAGAGACUUUCAACUAAUCCCCUUGCUGCCGUAUAAUUUGUUUUGCGACGAAAUAAUGAUCGGAUUAUAUUUAUUGCUCAUGUGUGUAAAGUUUUUCUUACACUUGAUUUUAAAUUUAUUAGGCCCUGUAUAUUGUAUGUAAGUUGUUUUUUUCUUUUCUGUAGCCGUUGUAUUGUUUGUAGGUCUGUAUUUUAUUCUGUACUUUGGGUGCAUUAAUGAUGUGGUGGGCUGUUGUAUAUAAAUUGGGUAAAAACGUCCUGGGACAAAGUAUCUCAUUGUAUUUCUCUUUGAUAAAUCCAUCAAUGUACUGCGAAAUGUGUUCAGAGUCUAUAAAUUGAACAGUUUCUGGA